AUGGCUGACAAUGAUGAUCUUUUGGAUUACGAAGAUGAAGAACAGACUGAGCAAUUACCGGUAGAGACAACUACUGAUACUGCACAAAGACCCAAUGUGAAAGGCACAUAUGUGUCUAUUCACAGUUCUGGUUUUCGGGACUUCCUUCUGAAGCCUGAGAUUUUACGUGCUAUUGUUGACUGUGGCUUUGAGCAUCCAUCUGAAGUUCAACAUGAAUGCAUCCCUCAGGCUGUAUUGGGUAUGGAUAUUCUGUGCCAGGCGAAAUCUGGUAUGGGAAAAACUGCAGUCUUUGUCUUGGCUACAUUGCAGCAAAUAGAACCCACUGAAAAUCAGUGUUGUGUUCUUGUAAUGUGUCAUACUCGGGAACUAGCUUUUCAAAUCUCCAAGGAAUAUGAGAGAUUUUCAAAGUACAUGCCAGCAAUUAAGGUUGGGGUAUUCUUUGGGGGAUUCAAUAUUUCCAAAGAUGAGGAUGUUUUAAAGGCUGGUCAACCUCAUAUUGUUGUUGGAACUCCUGGGCGGGUGUUAGCUUUGGUUCGCAACAAGAAGCUGAGCCUCAAGCAUUUGAAACAUUUCAUUCUUGAUGAAUGUGAUAAAAUGUUAGAACAUUUAGAUAUGAGAAGAGAUGUGCAAGAAAUAUUCAGAAAUACUCCCCAUAGUAAGCAAGUUAUGAUGUUCUCCGCUACAUUAGGGAAGGAUGUGAGACCAGUUUGCAAAAAGUUUAUGCAAGAUCCUAUGGAAGUCUAUGUUGAUGAUGAAGCUAAGUUGACACUUCAUGGCCUUCAACAACAUUACUUGAAGCUAAAAGAAAAUGAAAAGAACAGGAAAUUAUUUGAGUUACUUGAUGUUCUUGAGUUUAACCAGGUUGUUAUAUUUGUCAAGUCAGUGCAGCGUUGCAUGGCCUUAGCCCAAUUAUUAACAGAGCAAAAUUUUCCUGCCAUUGGAAUUCAUCGAGGGAUGACACAAGAAGAAAGGUUAUCUAGAUAUCAACAAUUUAAAGAUUUUCAUAAGCGAAUUUUGGUGGCCACAAAUCUCUUUGGUCGUGGUAUGGAUAUUGAAAGAGUGAAUAUAGUAUUUAACUAUGAUAUGCCUGAAGAUUCAGAUACUUACUUGCACAGAGUUGCAAGAGCAGGAAGAUUUGGUACCAAAGGCUUGGCAAUCACAUUUGUAUCAGAUGAAUCAGAUGCUAGAAUAUUAAAUGAAGUUCAAGAUCGAUUUGAUGUCAACAUUACUGAAUUGCCAGAAGAAAUAGACUUAUCUUCUUAUAUUGAAGGACGAUAAAUGAAGAUGCCAGUGAUGAAGUUAUUUUAAUUCAUUUCUUCAACCAUGUGCAGCCAGAUAUUGUACCUGCAGUUUAAUUAAAAAUGAUUGUGUGGCAUUUCUGCAGGUUAUAGCUGGAUUGCUGCUUUGGUGCACUCUGAAGCCAGUUUUGUAAUUGUACUAGUAUUUAAUUUUAAUCUAUUAAUUUUGUAUCGUAAUUAGAAUUAUGCAAAUCAUUUUAUUUUAAAUAUAUGUAUAUAAUGACCAUUUGUUAUUUAUUUU